UUACUAAUUUUAGGGCAAAAUUUAUUCCCCGUGUAAACUGAUGAAUAUCACUUAAUUUUUAUGGUGUGAUAAUGGCAUUUUUUAAGACUGUAAGUUGAAAGUAUUCGUACAAGUUCUUUCUGGAUUUGUGAUAUGCAUUUCUGUUUAAAAUAUUUAUUAAUGAGUAGAAUAAUUUGAUUAACUUGACUUUGAAGUUCCUUGCAAAAGUUAGAAGUUUUGGAGAUUGUGAUGAUAUCAUAACUUCAGGAUUUGUCAUCUGGGAGGUUCUAAGUUUACUAUUGUAGUGAGCGGUCCGGUUUGGUUAGGUUCAGGGAGAAUUAAUAUCUGAAAGAAUUAAUAAGUUAAGUUGUUAUGUAUUGAUGGUUGAAAUUCUCUUCUUGAGUAUUGUCUUUGUGCAGAUUGCCGUUCUGGAGGAACGGAAGAAGGUGGUUGAAGAAAAGGAUGAGGAUGAAAUGAAAGAAAGUGAGACAAAUGUAUUUACUCACUGGUCAUCUUCGAAGAGCAAUGAACUAACUGUUGAUGAAGCUUUGAAGAAAGAAACUCAGGAUUCCAACACAAGUCAUUUGGAUCUGGAUUUGUGCUUGAAAGGUCAUGGCGACGACCAUGAUUCUGCCAGCCAGGGCAAAGAAGUUCUGUUAAUGAAACAAGCUUUUAGCGACCUAUUUUAGUGCCAACAAUAUAACAGUGAUGAAGUGAUGCUUCAUUUGUAAUUAAGUAGCUUUUAUCUGUCGUGAUACAUAAUCUAGGUUAGCUAGUAGCAGUCUUAAAUAAAUGAAAACCAUUUGAUCUCGCUCCUAUUUUACUGCCUGUAUAUAUUAUUACUUCACCUAUGUAGCUUAUAUGACACCCCUGUUGUGCA